UUUUCUGCGUAUACCAAUAUGGCGCCAGUCUCCGCUUCUGGCUUCAACAACGUUUAUGAAGAAGUGAUGAUCUGAUGUCUGCUCCCAUACCUUUAUUUUUCAGACUACAGUAAUCAGACUCUGUAGUUGCCAGUUGCAGUCAGCACCAAGACGAAAACGAAAAAGAAGGCAGGGCGUCUGGGAGGAUCAAAUACAGUCUGACCACAUAAAGGAUGGGAAAAAAGUGGGUAAAAAGGGGUUGAGUUGUUAACUGACGGGAUGAGGCAAGCAAUUCCGGUAUGCCAUUUGCCUUCAAGGAGGCGGUUAAUUGUACAGCUUCUGGUUGUGAGCCUGAUUAUCAGUGGCCUUCUAAAACUGCUGCCUAUAUUCAAUGCCGAUCCAAAACAGGUCAUGAUGCUGGUGGAUCCGGAACAUAGAGAGCGUGUUCAUUCUUUUGUCAGAAGUGUGUUAGCCCGAGAAUGCAGACCAUCUUUUACAAGAAAGAAGAUUGAGAGGAUGUAUUCUAAUUCCAAGCCUGUAGCUGAGCCCUUUUUACAAAAAAACAGCAACUUAACAAAACAAAUAUUUGACUAUUCACCACCGUUUGGAUUUCGGAAUCUGCAACACAAGCUAAAAGGAGUUCUGGAUCUCAUACCCAUUUCCUUGUCAAAGAAUAUUAACAUGCCUGAUUGCCGUCGUUGUGUUGUAAUUGGCAAUGGAGGCAUACUUAAAGGAUUGGAGCUUGGGCCUCUUCUGAAUCAGUUCAAUGUAAUCUUAAGGUUAAACAGUGGUCCAGUGAAGGAUUACAGCAGAGAUGUGGGAAACCGCACUACUAUCAGGAUGAGUUAUCCGGAAGGCACUCCAAAGAUAUGGGAAGAUGUGGACCCUCAGCUUCAGUUUGUAGCUGUUAUUUACAAAUCUGUUGAUUUUAACUGGCUUCAUGCUAUGAUUUCAAAAACAUCAUUAUCACUUUGGGACAAGCUGUUUUUCUGGCAGAAGGUACCUGGUAGCAUUCCAGUUGAUCCUUCAAAGUUCCGUGUACUGAAUCCUGAGAUCAUCAGGGAGACAGCCUUGGAACUGCUCAAAUACCCUAAUCCUAAGCCUAGACAAUGGGGCUGGGAUCAGAAUAUUCCUACCUUAGGGGUAUCUGCUGUUAACCUGGCAACCUACUUGUGUGAUGAAGUCAGCCUAGCAGGCUUUGGAUACAACCUAAGCCAGAAGGAAACACCACUACAUUAUUAUGACAAGCAACCCAUGUCUGCUAUGUUGAAGCAAGCCAUGCACAAUGUACACAGUGAGAGACUUUUUCUCCAGAAAUUGGUUGCAGCUGGCAGCAUUUUGGACCUUACAGGGGGCAUACAUUGCAGUUUUUGUUUAACAUAACAAAAUGCUGUCUAAUAUCUAAUGCUCUGAUAUUUAGUUAGGAUACAGUGUUUUAAUUGUUUCAUGUUGUAA